AUCGCCAAGGAGCCAUCACAAUCGUAGAGUCUCUUCACUAAUAUAAGCUAGUAGUGCGUAGUACAACAGUAGCAUACUGAUGUUGACUUCUCAAGGUGCUUAAGGACUUCUCAAAUAACAUCUCGGUGAAUGUCGUGAAAUAAAAUAAUCAUCAUCAUCCAACGAGCGAUGGAUAACAAAAGUAGCAUAGUGAGGGUAAAGAAGGAGCCAGGCAAUACUUGGCCCGAUGAAGGCGACGGUAAUAUUUUCGAUUCAAUGGAUUUUGGCGAAGUCAACAACUCCAAAGCAUUUCCGUUACAUGAAUCAUCUGAAAAUCAUGUGAAUGAGGUUAUGGUGUUCCAAGAAGAGGUAGAUAAAAAAAUAUUCAUCGAUUUUGAGUGCAAAAACGUCAAACCGGAAAUUGGGGUUUUAGCGACAACCAUCUGCAAAACUGAAGAUCAGAGUUAUCAACCUAUUGUGAAAAUGGAAAACCCGAUAGAGACUAAUGAUACGAACGACAAUUUUCACCUUGAAGAGUUCGAGGAGGUACAGACACUUGACAAUAUAACUCCAAACAAAAUGUCUCGGAAGUGUAAUUUACGUCGAAAAAGCAAUGCAGUACAUGAUCGUAUCAAACCCUUUGAAUGUGAUAUUUGUCACAAAUCAUUUGGACAAAAGAGUUCUCUUAAAACUCACACAAAUACAGUACAUAAUCGUAACAAGCCCUUUGAAUGUGAAAUUUGUCAUAAAUCAUUUGGACAAAAAGCAAACCUGGAAAAGCACAUAACUAGUGUACAUGAUCGAAUCAAACCCUUUGAAUGUGAUAUUUGUCACAAAUCAUUUGGACAAAAAGCAAGCCUCGAAGUGCACAUAACUAGUGUACAUGAUCGAAUCAAACCCUUUGAAUGUGAGAUCUGUCACAAAUCAUUUUCAAGCAAGAGUUACAUCAAUAUUCAUAUUAAUUCAGUCCAUGAUCGAAGCAAACCCUUUGAGUGCGAGAUUUGUCACAAAUCAUUUGGACAAAAAGGUACCCUUAAUUUACAUAUAAAAUCAGUACAUUUUCGUAGAAAGCCUUUCGAAUGCGAUAUUUGUCACAAAUCAUUUAGACAGAAAAAUAGCCUCAAAUCUCACGUAAAUACGGUACACGAUCAGAUCAAACCCUUCGAAUGUGAGAUUUGUCAUAAA